UCCACGGAAUGAUUUAACUCAUACGUUCGUUAGUAUUGUUAAUUGCAACUUGAAGUCGUUUACGUGGAAGACAGUUUAAUAUGCGUAAAGCACCUUUGGCUGCUUACGUCUGAAUUAUAAAUUUACAUCAAGAGCACAUCCUUUAAGACAUUUUUUUUCUAAUGAUAAAUGACUUUGGUGAAGACUAAUUUUGUCCACUUGUGAAUAUCCCGUUGUCUCGUGAGGUGAUUGCAGGAAGUCUUUUCAAUUUUCGGAUGUUAAAAAUAAUACAUAUACACACAUAAAUCGGUAUAUCACAUUGUUUACAUAUAUUCGUGAAACAUUCAAGUUAAGUGAACCUAAUAAUAAUUAAUCCGGUUACAAAAGAAAUUCUUGUAAGUGCUUAAACAUUCAAAAUAUAAUCAACAUGAAGCUCUAUAUCAGAUCAAGUUUUAUGGGGAUGUUUCUAUGCUUCAUCUCUUCUUGUCUGCUUUCGUUGGGAACAAUGAUGGUGUCAAGAAUGACACAAUUUCAUCCCAUAACCAAAUCAUUUUGGAGAUUUGCUGGAACAUUUUUGCCUUCAAUUUUUGUGGUCAUUUACUACGCAUUUAAGAAGGAGUCAAUUACAGACUCGUUUUGGCCUAUAAGAUAUGAUUCGUUCAUAGUUUUCGUUUCUCUAGCGUUUCGCAGCUUUUUUGGAUGUACGGCAGCAACGCUUCAGUACUACUCGUUGAAGUACAUGCCAUUAGGAGACUCUUCUGUUAUUUGCAACUGCUACCCGAUUUUUGUAACUAUUUUCGCGAGUGUAUUUCUGGGUGAGCCAUUUGGAGGACUGUUUAUGCUUCUCUCAACAAUGGUGACCUUGUGUGGGGUUGGGAUUGUAUCGAGGCCCCCGUUUAUUUUUGGAGGCGAAGUUAACUCGGAGUUAUUGAUUGGUGCUGGAUUGGCCUUAGGAUGCUCGAUUUUUAUGGCGAUGGCAAUUGUGAUGAUUCGACACCUGCAUCAGAUUCAUCAUUGUAUCACAUUAGUUGGAUUUGGGAUGUUUGGAACGGCUGAGGCUGGAGCUCUUGCGUGGGGCUUCAAUGUUCUCGAAUUCCCCUCGCAAGACAUUGACAUACUCAAAGCGUUUGCAAUUGGGUUGUUGUCUUGUGGAAGUCAGUUGUUUCUCAUUUUUGCGUUGAAAUGCGAUAAUGCAGGCCCUGUCGCACUUGUGAAGAGCUCGGACGUUCUGUUUGCGUUUUUAUGGCAAAUGGUUUUUAUUCAAACCUUUCCCGACUUGAUAAGCAUUGUCGGAGCAAUUGUCAUGAUGUCUGGAAUUUUUCUAUGUGGGUUUAGAAAAUAUAUAGAUUCUCUUGAAGAGAACAACGCGACCAAAAAAAUGUUUUGGUUUGUCCUAAAAUAAGCUGUAGUCUAAAAAUUAAGCUAUUUUGUUAGAUUCCAUUGAGCAAUUAAGACUGAUUUAUAUGAUAGAUAUAAAUAUAUACAUAUGUACAUAAUUGUGACGAGUGGAAACGAUAUUUUAUACUCAAUUACAGUUGCCUAAAGUUUCCAUUGCUUUAACCGGUAUUGUGUUCCUACUAUUUAGAUUUAUUGUGUUUUGUGGUAUGUGCAUCUAAUAAUUAUUUUACAAUAAAAAUGUGCAUAUGGAAA